CUGGGGUGAGUGAUAACCCCUCCUCGGGUCGAUUACCCCACGCAUGCGACGUAUGAGCAAUUUUCAAACAAAAAAAAUCCACGUGGAUUUUAAAAAUUACAAAUUUUUGGGAUUGCUCAUGUUAGGUUUAAGAAACUUUAAAAGUUGAAAAAAUUGAAUUUUCACAUAAAAUAUCUUCAAAAUUAAACAAAAAAUUUGAAAAUGUCAAAAAACUCCUGAAAAUCCUCAUUUUUGCAGAUUAUGUGCCUCCUCAAUUUUGGAGCGAGAACAAGAAGAAAUCGUAGUGGAAUUAGCGUCGUUGGCUCAACCAGCAGUCGAAGUUUUGAACAAUUCCGACCCGGAUCUCUCUGAAUUAUCAAUCGAUAUUCUCAAAAGCUACAUCACUUUUCUUCUCAAAUUCUAUCCAGAAAACACGGGCCUUAUCGAAAAAGUCAUACAAGUCGCGCUAAAACGAUAUGUCAUGGGAGAAGAUUUGAAUAUUGAUGGAGACGGAGAGGAUGAGACUGAAUUUCAAGAAUAUCGUCGAGAACUUCGCGGACUUUUGAAUUCGGUUGGCCUCAAACGGCCUGAAAUGAUAAUUGUUGCGUUGGAACCAUGGACACUUGAAAUUACAGCAAAUGGAGGAACUCAAGUGCAAAUUCAUCGAAUUGAAGCACUUCUUCAUAUCAUUUUUCAUUUACAUGAAAUUAUUCCAAGUAACAUGCUACAAUCACCAAGAGAAGGAAUAUCACAAAGAGCCGCUCGAUUACCAUUGCUCAUUUUAGAGGGACUUUUACUUGAUGGCAGAUCGACUACAGUACAUGUGACAUAUUUCGAAUUGGCGUGUCGAUACGAACGAUUGUUAACAUUGCAACAACCACAACAACCGGCGGUGAUUCCGCAAAUUGCCGGCGCGUUUUUGGAUCAACGUGGAAUUGCGAUUCCGGCGGUUAAUGUGAGAACGAGGAUUGUUUAUUUGUUCACGAGAUUUGUGAAAGCUCAUAAAACUGUUCUUAGUGGAUUGGUUUCAGAGGUAAGGAAUUUUUGGGGGAAAAAUACGUUUCAAAAUAUUUCCAUUUUUAUUUGAAAUCCCUAGAUUGACUGAAAAAACUUGGAUUUCUUCUUUAAUAUUGAAUUUUUACCUGAAAAAUCAAAAAAUCUAGAAAUUUCAGUUUUUUCGAGAUUUUUAUUGAAAUUUCAAGAUUUUUGUGUGAAAAUAGAUGAAAAUCUGAUUUUAACAUGAAAAUUAUAGUUUUUUAAAUUUUUCAUUCGAAAAUCUUCAAUUUCAGGUUGAAAAUUAGAUUUUCAAAUUUAAAUUCCAGUUUUUUUUCAGCCUAAAAAAUUAUCAAAUGUUAUAUAGCUUUUAAAUAUAGAAAAAUCCCAUUUUCAGCUUGAAAUUUAUAGUUUUUUAAAUUUUUCAUUCGAAGACAUACGUCGCAUAGCCUCAUUCCAAAUCUACCAGUGCAUACUCCUAUUAUUGAAAAUUUCUGGCAAAAAGGAUACCCCCUACCAUUUUUCCUUUUUCUUGUUUAUUUGCAGUUGUAAAAACUUGAUAAUCAAAAGUUUUCUUAAAAUUUGAGCUCAAAAUUGCUUCACUUCGACAAAAAUCUCUUUCUCAUCACUUUUGAGUCAAAUUUCGAUUAAAAAUUCCUAUUUGUCAAAAAACAAAAAAAAUACGUUUCAAAAUUUUGAUAUAAUUUAUUAUCAAAUAUUUUUUUCAAUAUGUUCAUCAUUCAUUAAAUCUCAAAUUUUGAUUAAAAAUUUCUAUUUGUCAAAAAACAAAAAAAAAUACGUUUCAAAAUUUUGAUAUAAUUUAUUAUCAAAUAUUUUUUUCAAUAUGUUCAUCAUUCAUUAAAUCUCAAAUUUUGAUUAAAAAUUCCUAUUUGUCAAAAAACAAAAAAAAUACGUUUCAAAAUUUUGAUAUAAUUUAUUAUCAAAUAUUUUUUUCAAUAUGUUCAUCAUUCAUUAAAUCUCAAAUUUCGAUUAAAAAUUCCUAUUUGUCAAAAAACAAAAAAAAUACGUUUCAAAAUUUUGAUAUAAUUUAUUAUCAAAUAUUUUUUUCAAUAUGUUCAUCAUUCAUUAAAUCUCAAAUUUUGAUUAAAAAUUUCUAUUUGUCAAAAAACAAAAAAAAUACGUUUCAAAAUUUUGAUAUAAUUUAUUAUCAAAUAUUUUUUUCAAUGUCACUUUCAUUAUGUAUACCUGCAAUCAUCAUCAUUUAUUAUGUAUACCUGCAAAAAGCGAAGUUUGAAAGACUUUCGAGAUUCUCAAUGUUUAUACCUUUAACGUGUCCAUUUCAAAACCCGGGGUUUUUUCUUGAUCUUUUGGGAUUUCGUAUUGAGAAUAAAUUAAAACCAAAAUUCUCAAAAUUUGGAUGAAAACUCUGAAAUUAUCGAUAGAUAGAGUACAAAGAUGAGAAAAUUUCUUCAAAAAGUUUUCUGAAGUGACAACCCCUCCUCGGGUCGAUUACCACACGCAUGCGACGUAUGAUUUCAUGGAAAAUCUGGUAAUUUAGAAUUUUUUCAAAUUUAAAAAAUUGCAUAAUUUUGAAACGUAUUUUUUGUUUCAUUUUUUUCACCAGAAAAAGUGAUUUUUUGCUGAAAUUCUAAGAUUUUUGAGUGAAAAUGAAAACCCUGAAAUCUUGAAUUUUCAGCCAAAAAUCAGCAAUAAUCUCAGACCUCAACCUCUAUUUUGCAGGUAAUCACUCGACUCGCUCCUCUCCUAGCAGUUUCUCCACAAUCAGAUUCAAAUCAAACCCUUUCAUCCGAUGAUCAAGCCUAUGUUUUCGAAGCCACCGCAACUUUGAUUGUUUAUGGAAAUCUUACCACAGAAAUGAAGGCUCAAUAUUUUGGAGAACUUUCGACAACAUUAGCAAUGAGAUUUGAGAAUGGGUUGGUUGAAUUGAAUGCGGCAAGAGCGAGAAAUGCGGAUGAGGAAACUAUUCAAACGAUUUUGACAUUUAUGUCAAAUGUUAUUAUUUAUUGCAGGUUUGUGGGUUUUUUUUUUGUUAAAAAAAUAACUUUUUGGAAUUUUUGUUGGGAAACAAAGUAUGAAACCCACUAAAAAAAUUUAAAAAAAACCUGUGAGUUUUUUUUUUGACCAAAUCAAACACGGUUUUAUUUAGUAGAAAAUCAUGAAAAAAACCAAAAUUUUGAAAAUUGAUCUGACGUUUUGUGCAAAACUGAUUUUUCUGAACUUUUUUAUUUUUUUAGCGAACACGGUUUCAGUGAACAUCAUGAAAAAUUCAAAAUUCUGAAAUUUUGUACAAAAAACUAUUUUUUUUUCUGAAAAUUUUUAUUUCUGUUAUAAAACAUGGUCUUUUAUUUAUCAGAAAAUCAUGAAAAAUUGAAAAUCCGGAAAUUUUUGAAAAGAAAAUUUAGAACUCAUUUUGAGUGAAUUUCAUAUCUUCAAAAGAAUUAUCUAUUUUUCAACCCAUCUCCUUGUUCUAAUUUUCAAAUUUCCGAAAUUUCCAGCCGAAUGUCAAAAGCUUUCAACAAUGUUCAAUCAAUGAAAUCGUGUAGCUGCGUAGAUAUUUAUUUGAAACUCCUCAAAUUAUUCAUCGACACCUUGUCACCAGAAAACGCAUUCCUCCUCGAAUCAACUCGCCAAUUUGCACAUCGUCUUGUUGUCUCAUUGGAAGACGAACUAUUGCCGUAUUUGAGAGGAGUUUUCGAGAAAUUGGCAUUGGUUUCAGUGGAUUUGGAUGCGAUGAAUCAUUUAUUGAUCUUCUGUCAUCAAGCGGUUGCGAAAUUCAAAAAGGCAAUGUUGACGAGUGGAGUUGAUUUGGGAAAUGUGUUGGCGAUUUCGGCGAGAGCUGCUAUGCAGGAACAGGAGAAUAUUACUGCGGCUAAAGGUAUUUUUUGAGUUUUGGACUCUCUAGGCGUGGAUUCUUGGCUUAAAAGCGCUCAAGGCUCGGCUACUUGAAAACUAGGUCCUCUAGGCGCUGAUCCUUGACAAUUUGAUUCUCUAGGCGCGGCUACUCGAGACCUGGGUUCUCUAGCUGCGCCUGCUUGAGAAUUAGACUAGGUAGGCUCGACUACUUGACAAUUUGAUUCUCUAGGCGCGGCUACUUGAAAACUAGGCUCUAUAGGCGCUGAUCCUUGACAACUAGGUUCUCUAGGCGCUGAUCCUUGAGAAUUGGGUGGUCUAGGCGCAGCUGCUUGACAACUAGACUCGCUAGGCUACUUGAGAACCCGGUUCUCUAGGAUUGGCUGCUUGAGAAUUAGAGUUUCUAGGCUUGGCUACUUGAGAACUAUACUCUCUAGGCGCCGAUCCUUGAGAACUAUAUACUCUAGGCGCGGCUACUUGCAAACUAGGAUCACUAGGCGAUGAUCCUUGACAACUAGGCUCUAUAGUCGCCGAUCCUUGAGAACUAGGAUCUCUAGGCCCAGCUACUUUAGAACUAGAUUCUCUAGGCGCUGCUCCUUGAAAACUAGGUACUCUAGGGUUGGCUGCUUGACAAAGAAGCUCUCAAAGGACAUUUUGUAGGCUAACUUUUUUUUUUAGAAAUACAGAAUCUAUUGUUUUUCAAAGCUAGACCAUUCAAAAAAUUGGGGGAAAAUAUGAAAAUUUCAAUAAUUUGCUUUCUUCACCCAAAUUUUUUUUUCAGAUGACAGUCAACGAGCCCUGAUUUAUGUUCAACGUGCAUUCCUUCAAUUAUUAUACACCGUAAUUUGCAAUGAUUGUAUCGAAGCAUUAUCAAAUGCCGGAUUACUUGAUCAUAUUUUGGAAGCUGCCGCUCGACUUGCUCUAUCUUCUGAUCAAACAUCACAAAAAGUUGCGUUAGGAUGUUUGUCCAAAAUAUCACAAUUAUCACCAACUUGGUCAGCAAGAACAUUGAGAAUUGCUUUAGAAGUUCCAACACUUCCACAUAUUACACCAAGCGAUGCCGGAAGUAGUAUUGUAAGUUGAAUAUCGAAUUUAAAUGUGCCUAAAGCUCAAAUUUCCAGGUUGUCCACGAAGUUUGCACAACUCUCACCACACUUCUUCAAUCCGAUCCAAAUGGUUUCUCGCAAGCGCUUCGAGAACUUUUGCCAAACAACAAUUUCUCCAAUCAACUACUCACUGCCCUAACCACGUUGAAGGGGAAAAGUUUGGAUAGAGAGGUUGGUCAAAAUGCGGGUUUUCUGGGAUUUUUCAAUGAUGAAACAUCAAGAUUUUUGAAGCUUCUGGAGUGCUUUUUGAUGAUUUUUCGAAAAAUUCGAAAUUUUCAAAACUUGUUCUCAUCAGAAAUUACCUCAAAAGCCACAAUUUUUCAUCAUGUUUGACUGAAAAACUCAAAAAACUGAAAUUUGAAAAAAAUCAAUAAUCCCUAAAUUUCAGGUCAUGUCCCUUUAUACUUCACUUCGCCAAUCGAUUUGUUAG